AUGAGUGAAAAGCACAUCAAACGAGUACAACAACUCGUACCGAAUAUAGACCUCAAGGUCAUCUCCCAAGGAGCGGAAGCCCUAGUGUUUCAAACUAAAACUCAUCCAUACUCAUCACAUCCGUACCUUAAAAAUUCAAGCCAGUUUAUAAUCAAAUACAGACCUCCCAAACCAUACAGACACCCUAAAAUCGAUGCACAAAUUACUAGAACGCGAACAGCUGGGGAAGCUAAAUUUAUGUACAAGUUGAGCAAAUUGGGGAUUGCAUGUCCGGCUUUGAUAUCGUGUGAUUUAAGUAAUGGAAUUAUAUGGAUGGAGAAUUUAGGUAUUGAUUUACCCAAUGGCAAUGUUAGUUCAGUGAAAAAUUGGCUAUGGUAUCUCGAGAGAGAAGCAAGUGAAUCUGAUUGUACUGGCAACAGAGUCAAACAAGUUUGUUUCAAAGUUGGUCAGUUGAUUGGUAGGUUGCAUCUUGCAGAUAUGAUACAUGGUGAUUUGACUACUUCUAAUUUGAUAUUGACGGGGUCUGAAGAGUCAUGGGAGCCUGCCUUGAUUGAUUUUGGACUAUCUUCAUUUUCAGGAUUGGCCGAGGACAAGGCUGUUGAUUUAUACGUUUUAGAAAGAUCCGUUACAAGUACUCAUUCGGUAUUUGCGCAAUCGUACAACAAGUGGUUAUUAGAAGGAUACGAAUCUGCACAUGAUUUGAAACAGUACAAGAAGUUUGGCAAGGCCAAGUAUGCUGAAACGUUUAAAAGGUUGGAAGAGGUGAGACUUCGAGGAAGAAAAAGAAGCAUGCUAGGGUAA